CCCUCUGUCCCCUCCCGCGAGCCUCGGGGUUCCUCAGCUGGCCGAGGUCGAGUCAGUGUCAGUCAGGGAGGCGAACUGCUGAGCACUGGCCGCGGACGCUCAGUUGCAGUCUCGCCCAGGGGCAGGUACCUGCGCUCGCGCCGCCGGGUGGAAAGGAUGAAGCCGCAGCUGGAGCAGCCACCCUAUGAUUGGCUGUGGCGCUUGUGAACCCAAAGUAAAGAUGGCGGGCGGGCAGGCAGCCGCCGCACUGCCCUCUUGGAAGAUGGCGGCGCGCCGCAGCCUCAGCGCCCGCGGCCGGGGGGUCCUGCAGGCGGCUGCGGUGCGGCUGCUGCCGCUGCUCCUGCUGAGCUGCUGCUGCGGCGCGGGCGGCUGCGCAGCGGUGGGCGAGAACGAGGAGACGGUGAUCAUCGGGCUGCGGCUGGAGGACACGAACGACGUGUCGUUCAUGGAAGGGGGGGCGCUGCGGGUGAGCGAACGGACCCGGGUCAAGCUGCGGGUGUACGGGCAGAACAUCAACAACGAGACGUGGUCCCGCAUCGCCUUCACCGAACACGAGCGGCGGCGCCACAGCCCGGGGGAGCGCGGGCUGGGGGGCCCCGCGCCGCCGGAGCCGGACAGCGGCCCCCAGCGCUGCGGCAUCCGCACCUCAGACAUCAUCAUCUUGCCCCACAUCAUUCUCAACCGCCGCACCUCGGGCAUCAUCGAGAUCGAGAUCAAACCGCUACGCAAGAUGGAGAAGAGCAAGUCCUAUUACCUGUGCACGUCGCUCUCCACGCCCGCCCUGGGUGCCGGCGGCUCGGGAUCUGCGGGUGGCGCCGUCGGGGGCAAGGGCGGCUCUGGGGUGGCCGGGCUCCCGCCGCCCCCGUGGGCCGAGACCACCUGGAUUUACCACGACGGCGAGGACACCAAGAUGAUCGUAGGCGAAGAGAAGAAGUUCCUGCUGCCCUUCUGGCUGCAGGUGAUCUUCAUUUCGCUGCUGCUGUGCCUGUCGGGCAUGUUCAGUGGCCUCAACCUGGGGCUCAUGGCCCUGGACCCGAUGGAGCUGCGCAUCGUGCAGAACUGCGGCACGGAGAAGGAGAAGAAUUACGCCAAGCGCAUCGAGCCGGUGCGCAGGCAGGGCAACUACCUGCUGUGCUCACUGCUGCUGGGCAACGUGCUGGUCAACACCACGCUCACCAUCCUGCUCGACGACAUCGCCGGCUCUGGCCUCGUGGCCGUGGUGGUCUCCACCAUCGGCAUCGUCAUCUUCGGGGAGAUUGUGCCCCAGGCCAUCUGCUCCCGCCACGGCCUGGCUGUGGGGGCCAACACCAUCUUCCUCACCAAGUUUUUCAUGAUGAUGACCUUCCCCGCUUCCUACCCGGUCAGCAAGCUGCUGGACUGCGUCCUAGGCCAGGAGAUAGGCACCGUCUAUAACCGGGAAAAACUGCUGGAGAUGCUCCGGGUCACCGACCCCUACAACGACCUCGUUAAGGAGGAACUGAACAUCAUCCAAGGGGCGCUGGAGCUCCGCACCAAGACGGUGGAGGACGUGAUGACCCCACUCCGAGACUGCUUCAUGAUCACUGGCGAAGCCAUCCUGGACUUCAACACCAUGUCUGAGAUCAUGGAGAGCGGCUACACCCGCAUUCCAGUGUUUGAGGGGGAGCGCUCCAAUAUCGUGGACCUGCUGUUUGUCAAAGACUUGGCCUUCGUGGAUCCAGAUGACUGUACUCCCCUGAAAACCAUCACCAAAUUUUAUAACCACCCCUUGCACUUUGUUUUCAAUGACACCAAGUUGGACGCUAUGCUGGAAGAAUUUAAGAAAGGUAAAUCUCACCUGGCUAUCGUGCAGCGGGUAAACAAUGAGGGAGAAGGAGAUCCGUUUUAUGAAGUUCUGGGAAUUGUCACCUUAGAAGAUGUGAUUGAAGAAAUCAUCAAAUCUGAGAUUCUAGAUGAAACAGAUUUAUACACUGACAACAGAACAAAAAAGAAAGUGGCUCACCGGGAACGAAAGCAAGAUUUUUCUGCCUUUAAGCAGACAGACAGCGAGAUGAAGGUUAAAAUAUCACCACAGCUCCUCCUGGCCAUGCACCGUUUCCUAGCAACAGAAGUAGAAGCAUUUAGCCCAUCCCAGAUGUCAGAGAAGAUCCUUCUAAGGCUGCUAAAGCACCCCAAUGUCAUCCAGGAACUGAAGUAUGAUGAGAAGAACAAGAAAGCCCCUGAAUACUACCUCUACCAGCGCAACAAGCCAGUAGACUACUUCGUUCUCAUUCUGCAGGGGAAAGUGGAAGUGGAAGCUGGGAAAGAAGGUAUGAAGUUUGAAGCGAGCGCCUUCUCAUACUACGGCGUGAUGGCCCUGACAGCCUCUCCAGUUCCUUUGUCCCUGUCUCGUACCUUUGUUGUCAGCAGAACAGAGUUGUUAGCAGCAGGUUCUCCAGGUGAAAAUAAGUCCCCUCCUCGCCCAUGUGGCUUGAAUCACUCAGACUCUCUCAGUCGAAGCGACCGGAUUGACGCCGUCACACCAACACUGGGGAGCAGCAAUAACCAGCUCAAUUCUUCACUCCUCCAAGUCUAUAUCCCCGAUUACUCGGUGCGAGCUCUUUCGGAUCUGCAGUUUGUUAAGAUCUCAAGACAGCAAUACCAAAAUGCCUUGAUGGCAUCCCGGAUGGACAAAACCCCUCAGUCUUCAGACAGUGAAAACACUAAAAUCGAAUUGACUCUUACGGAGCUGCAUGACGGGUUGCCAGACGAGACAGCCAACCUGCUCAACGAACAGAACUGUGUGACGCACAGUAAGGCCAACCACAGCCUGCACAACGAAGGCGCCAUCUAGGCCGCACUGGCUGCACCCGCCCAGGCCUGCACCCACCCACUCCUGAGGGUCCGGCCCCGUCUGCCCAUGACUUCACUGGUGUGAGUUUGUCCGCCAUGCUGCACCCUGCAACAUCCUGAGACCAAAGACCUUGUGCCCUUCCCAGGAGCCGCGGAGGAGGACGGUGAGGGGAGGAAUGGAAACUAGAAAUAUGAAGUUGGCAGCCGGGGCAUGGCGUUCAAGAUUUUGGAGAUGAACUGAUUGCGCCCAAAUAGAAUCAUGUUUAUUUUUUCAGCUCUCCCUUUCAUCGUUAUUCAUGCUCCUCUGCCCUCCAUUUGCAUGAAGUUGAAAAUUGUCGCGAUUUAUUUUUUCAAGAGAUCAUGUUUUUAAAGUGUCUUUUGCAGAGUUUUAAGUUGUUCUGUCUGAACUCUGCUGCGAUCCCAUGAUGUGACCCUAAUAGGCUGGACUUGCCCCUCCGGUAGCCUUCCUUGGCUCUCCCAGGGAGGAGCACCCUUCCUCUGCGCCCCAGUGGGCAUCACUGUCGAACUCGCUGGCUGAAUGAAGAAGACCGUGUUACUGCAGAACCUGCCAAGUCUGUCAUCACUGUGGGGUGUAGCCUGCCUCAGAGGGACCUGCAGUCCUCUCUGAGCUCAGUGGUAUUUUGAGAAGUUAAUGUUUAACUGUACCCCUUUCCCUCAGGAAGAUUUAACAUUUGCUUGGGAAUGUGAUUUUGCUCCCACCCUAAGGAAUUUUUAUCACCAAAAUGAAUAUUAAUGAAUUUAAAACCCAUGGUUUAUCAUUGGCAAGAGGCAAGUUGACUUUAUCCUGUCAUUCCAGCCAGCCCUCCUCCCCGACCCAGUGCCCAAGCUCACAGAGUGUCACCACCCACCUCCCUGGUCCUUGCUCUUGUUAACCCAAGAUGCUGCUACACAGAUGCCAAAUGGAAAUCUUCCACAGGGCUGUUCAGUAAACACGUGAUGUGGAGUGCAAGCUCCUCCCCUUCCCGCUAGGACAUACGUUAACAGAACAGGAGUCGGACCUUCUAGCUGCACUCUACUGUGUGCCGGGAAGGCAUUUCUAGACCCAUGUUUUUAAAGGAGGGAACUUUGGGGAUUGCCAGCCCCUGCUCCUCCCAGGGAGCCAACUGUCCCUCCUCCCGUGUCCCUGGGCCCAUGGGGCCCGGCAGUGGCUUUGUGCCCUGCCUGAGGGCCUCUGCCGCCUCCCUCAGAUGCGGAGAGGCUGCCUGUACAGCCAGGGUCAGUUUGGCCCCAAACAGGGAUUCAGAAACCAAAUGCGUGUUGUGGCCAUUUUAUGUGUGUCUCCGUCUUAUUUUAAUACCAAAUUCAUCAUGUAGUGAAAUUAUGUCAGGAGGUAUUUGAGUGACUGAAUUCUUAACUACAGCUUAUCUGUGUUUUGUUAGCCCGAGGGAUAUGUGCAGGUUGUUGGCGCUAUUCAUACACUGAAAUGAAAUCAUACCAGUGUACACACGAGAUGAUCAGUCCUCGCCGAGCGUUUUCUGUGUAGGCUCACUGUGCGAAGGGAGGCCUUGGCUAAGCAGCAGUAUUCUCCUCCCAACUCCAGGUAGGAAGUCUGUUCAGCCACCGUUGGGCUGUGUGCAGGGCAGGGAGCGUGGCUGAGGAGCAGACAGCAGCAGGCAGCCUGGUGAGCCAUUUGGUGCCUCGCGUGUCGUGCAUGCCCAGCUCGGUGUUUCCUCUGGGAUGUCAGUCCUGGAGUGUCUUCCUCAGAAGGUGCCAUGCCCCGUAGUAGGGGGAAGUACUGAUUCACUUGGUGUAGAGGGUGCUGAGUGGCCUGCUGCUGGCAUGCAACCUGCCCCCAUGGGAUGAAGCCCCACUGUGUAGCUUGAGCUUAGAGGGGACCCCACUCUAAGCAUCCUUUUUUUAAACAGAGCCAUCCAAAUAUAAAAGUCAGUUUCUUAAGAUGCCUCUCCCUGAGCACAGCACCAGUGUGAUGAGUGUCUAAAGAUGAGGAGUCCCUGCAACAGAGCGAAGCCUGGCCCAUGCUGGGGGAGGGUGUCUGUCCCCCACUUUGGGCCUGCGCAGUGCUGGCCUUCCCUGAGCGGUGGAGAGUCAGGCCUGCCUAGCCCGGCUUCUCUGGCCUCAGGAGCUCCGCCCUGUCAACCUGCCUGGGCUCACAUCUGCUUCUCCACACAGUCUGUCUCAGGGAUGCCUUGUUACUGGGAGAGCCUCUGGAAUCAGAGCUAGUGUGUUGGUGCCCUUUUCGAGCUCUGCUGUUCCUUUAUAAAUCCUGAAGAACAGUCUGGGAAGAGGAGAGGGGAUGCCAGCUGCUGCCUCUGACUUCAGGGAGAAGCAGACUUCUUAAUACUGUCUUCUUGCUCAGCGUGACGGCUUCUUGCAAAUUAUUCUCUUAUAAAAGAGCUCGGCAGGAGCGGCUCAUCAGUGGGGCUCCCAGAGUUUGAAAUUUUAACUGCCAAGUUCGUAUUCGUUUUCUGUUAUUCUCUACCUUCCAUUAGUCACACUAUUUGAUAACAUUAGGGAAUCUAAAAUCCUGUCAGGUCCCUGAAGGAAUGAAGGCUAACAUCUCCGGGGAGAGCGUAGGACCCUUCAAACAACACUCAUGUCUGAGCGACCCGAUUCCUCUUCCAGGCCCCACUUUCCCUCAGGAAACCAACCUUUUGGACGGUUGGAGGAGAAACACUGGGCUCUUGCUUGUCUGGGGCAGCAGGAGAAUGACUUUGGCUUGGAAGGCCUCUGCCAUUCAUCUCUAUAAAGCCAGUGGGGUCCGGCAGAGAAAGACCGGGGAAUAGCUGCAGUCUCGAUGUGGCUGCUCUUUGGCACCUCUGCUGGACUGCCCUCCCAUGGCUGCGACCUUUCCAAGUGUGGAAAGGAGUGGGUCAGGUGGACCAGAUGCAGACCCCUGAGUUCUGGAUACUGACAGGAGGCCUCACCCUCCUUUACGGGGCCUCUCCGGGUGGGACAGGGCCUCUCCUGCUCCUGAGCAGCCACUGGUGCCCCGUGGUUCCGCUGGACUAAAUCCCUAGCAUCCAGAUAGUCCUAGGACGCUGGGCCUUCUCUGUAAAGGAGAGCUUUUCUCCUGCUGUCUGGGAGGUUCCUUCCCUUCACUGCUUGUCCCAUAUGCAUCAGGCAAAUUCAAACUCAUACAUUUAAACUCUUAGGAAAACAAAAUCUUAAGACUUAAACACAGAUAUUGGGGUGCUAAUCAACUAGCUUAAAUCUUGGUUCUUACAUAAUUUGAACUUGAAAGGGUACGUUGAACUCUGUUCUUUCCUCCCUCCUCACCUCACUCCCUGCAGGGAGUUAAAUGCCAUGUUGAAGCGGUUGGCAUCCCCAAGUGGGAGGGAGUGGGGCGGCUUACCACCUUCUAAUGUGACUUCAAGGAACAAUGCAGAUGUUGAAUGCAGAGCUCCACACUAAUAUGGAACAGUAACUGUGAGUAUAUUUACCUGUGCUGUCCUCAGCACUGUACACUAAAGGACCAGCUUUUCCAAGCCUAGGAAAAUAAUGGUAGAUACAAAUAGAAAUACUUUUUCCCUAGGAAAUGGAGCAAUAGGAAUUUGAGCUAAGCAGGAACCAUGAACUUCUGCCCUCAAAUUCUGUCUUCGGGUUGAGCAGACCUGUGUAGGCCCUGGCUGAUCAAGCCUGUAUCCUGCCUAGUGAAAACACAACCCCCUCUGUCAUCUGAAAGCCAGCGGGGAUCUGUAGCCAUCCUCGCCUUCCCUAGGCCCAGGAAGGUGAGGGCUCCUGGGCAACCAGGCUUGUCCCUGUUGUUCCCCAGGGGUGAUCUAGGCUGAUGACUCACCUGGCUGGCACAUGAAGGUGCUCACCUUGUUCUCUGGGGCUCCAAGCAAGAGCAGGCCAGGGAGGGCUGGCUUUCCACACUGCAUUGCAUGACCCGAGCUCCCUGGUGGCAUGGGAAAAACUCCCCUCUGCUUUUGAGCCCAGAACAGGCUUUUCUUUGCCAAGAGUUGAGGAGAAAUACAAGACUGAGCUGGCAGGUUAGGGUCUGGGAGGCCUCUGAGGUACCAUUGCUUACUUCCUUACUGAGGAAACUGGCUCUUGUCCUGGGCCUUGUAGUUCCAUUCUGGGCUCUAGACUAGUGGUGCUUCUGUCCAUCAAGGGUAUCUGGGUGAGCUGUAGGUUAACCCAGAAUUAGUAGGGAUAUAGGGGUGUGAAUAGGAAAGUGAUUUGGGGAUUCAGAAAUUUUUCUGAUGUAAUUUAUCAAUGAGCAACUUCUCAGUUGAUUUUUAUACCUCAGGGUCAUUUGCAAAUCUUUUAUCUUUUCCUAUUUCUUAGGUGUUCAAGUUGGUUAAUAGGAGAGAGAUGUUCAGAGACUUCUAAGUUGAGGUUCAUUUGCCUCCAUUUGAGGGGUGAGUGGUGCACCAAUAGCUUGCUGCUAUUACUCAGCAAGGCUGUGACAAGCCAGCCUUCCUCCUCUAGCACUUGCAGGCUUUCUGUCUGCAAUCACGGUUUACCUGCCCAUUUCCCUUUUGCUGCCUUCUUUCCUAUCUGGAGAUUCAUAUUCCAGAGUCCCUGGUCGACCCUACGGACGCAAAGAGGAGACAGCAGUUCACAGCAACUGCAUAGAGCAGGGAGCGGCUUUCCUCCCACCGUCCUAGGCAGGGGACCUUCUUUGCUUCUCAGACCUGAGCUCAAGUAAGCAUGUUCUCUCUGUAUGCUAGAGCCACUGACAUCAUCUCUACUAGAAUUGUUUUAAAUAUCUUUUGAUGGGAAAUACCAGGUUGAACUUCAAGCAGCAGGGAAACAAAGGUUCUAGCUGCAAGAGAGUAAAGUUCUAGGUGUUUGUAUGCCGAGGUUUAUAUGUACACAGAUCCAAUACAUACUGUAAGAAAAUCUUGAGUACACAAGGUUUUCAGGUUUUAAUGCCCAUUGGGACCAUGAACAAAUGAGGAUGACUGGGACCAUUGUCUUGCCUCGCUUGGAAGGAUGCCUUCUGGCAUGUAUCCACAUCUGAUCCACAUGGAUUCACUUUUAGGAUGCAAUUCUUUGGGGGGCCAGAUUCCGCUGCAGAUUCACCCUGAAGAGAACUAUCCAAUGGGCCUGGUGGGGCUUGGGUGCCUGCCCUUUUUGUUGGAGGCUCAGGCUUCAGAGCAGAGCAAAGUUGGGAAGAAUGAGGUCUUAGGAUUCUCAUUCCCCAGAGAGCCCCAGCCUCGCUUCUGAUUCAUUACUCCCCAAGUCUGAAGUCUACUGUGAAGGUGAAGUUACCAAUUUUUUCUUGUUUCUUGAGUUCUUUAAACCCACAAAUGUAUAUGCUUUAUUUUAUAUUAUUUAUUAUGUACAUAUGCCUGUUAGUACUUCAUCUGUGACUAGGACAAGAUCUGUCUUGAAGCUUCCUCAUCCAUGGAUCCUAGGGUUCUGCUGUCCUUUAAGGCGGGUGAGAGGGUAGUAUUUUUUUUUAUAAACAGGUGGCUGCCUUUAUCUUGGCCCUAGCAUCCCCAGCCCCUUUAGUUGGGCCCACCUGUAUUCCUGAUGACAAGUGUUUUGGAUGAAGAUGGAGGCAGGUCUCCGAUCUUGUGGGCAGGGCCUCUCAAGUACCUCCAUGAACUAUUUCCGAGGUGGUUUAUUGGUGACAGGCUCUCUUCCCCUAUGUAGGGUACAGUACAGCUGUGAGUCCAUGGCCUCCUUCCUCCCAAGGCAGGUCACUUGCCUGGCCCCACGAUGAUAAUGGUUUCUUCUACUUACCUUGAAUUGCAUAAUCCAUCUUUCUGGAUAAUGGAAGCUGCCUGCCCAUCUGGGCUGUUAAUAUGCCUUUUCUUGGUUUUGAGGCCCAGUGCCAACAUUGACUUGGCCCUCAAGUAAGACCCUGCUUUGUGUCUGACUUCCAUUCUCCUCAGCCUUUAUUCACUGUAUCAUAGUGUACAGGUCAUGCAUUUGAGCAGUGAAGUUUUCUGAACACAGUAUUCAGAGCUGUGUACAUAAACCCAAAUAAGCACAAAUGCCAUGUAUAGGAUUAAUGAGCUGAUUGUCAUAAUGAAUGCAUUUUAUAAUUCAAAUGAUGUUGUAGAUGUACAGUCUCUCCUAUUUAUUUUGUACCAAUUUAUUUGUAAAUUUUGUGAUUGUUUUACAAGGUUUUUGUUUAUUUCUAUUCUAUUUAGAUAAAUGAUGUUCUGUUCACCCUUCUAGCAGAUGUGUGUUCCCUCUUCUCUUUCAUCUAUGCAACACCAACCAUGCCAUUGUGUUCAGCUUGGCUGAACCCACUGCCCUGCCCACUUGCCUGACUUUGCUGGUGGGAAAGCUGGGACUGGAUCUCAGCAUGACAACGUAGAAGAGCAUCUUCUUUGGACAGUGUAAAGUCUUGAGAAGUGGGUACUAGUUCUGUGCCUCCAAGUCAUAGCCUGGUACAGCUAAUCCUAGGGGGAAGGUGUCCUUCUUUGCAAGGAUUAUAAUCUGUCCUCCAUCAGUUACUCUCUACAUAAGAACAUUCGGAGUAUCCAGUCAAAUUGCCCCAGACAUUGGCUGCUCAGUCACUAAUAACAACACACAGUGCAGCUGGGCUAAGCCGGUGUUUCCUAGGUAAGACCAAAGGCCUCAUUCAGGCCUCUCAUUUGGCUCUUAAAGGAUGGCUUUAUAGGUCCUCCUCUGCUAUGCUAAGCCUGGGAGGAAGGUCAGAGCAGGCAUGGAUAGUUACUCUCGAGUGGAAAACAUCCGACCUGAGUGUGGCGAGGCGUGUGCAGGUGGGUCUUCAGGAUUCAGUGGACAUCCUGUAUUCCCCAGUAAUCGGUGUGUAUGAUACACACUCUUUUCCAUCACCACUUUGUCUUCUGUUUCUUCUUAUCAUCCUCACUCACAUGUGACCAGUCCCUGAAGAACAUAUGGUGGAGCUUCAGGGACCCUUUGUGGUCCAUUCCUAAACCACCUCUUUUUGGAAUCCCUUUUUUUCUCUCCACUCUUAGUCUCUAUUUUACAUUCCAAAGAGGAUCGUACUCUGAUAAUUUAGCCUCUUGACUGGUCCAUUUGUAGUCCCUACUGAAUUUAUUUAACUGUGGCAUUUGCAGUCUUUUACUUACACUUGUCCUGUGGAUGGAGACAUUUCAGGGAAGAACUGCUGACAGAGUUGGCUUUGAGAUGCUGCCUGACCUAACUUGCCACUCCCAUCUCCCCAGGCAUCACCCAACUACCUGAAUAUAGCCCAGUGAAAUGCCAGCUCCGGACCCUGCUCGCUUUCCUUAGAAGCAGGGCAGAAAGGGGCAGCAGAGCUAGGGAAAGAAAUCACGGUAGCACAUUCACUCCCAGCCUGCUGCCUUGGUUUGUUUUUCCUGUUUUACUCACUUGGUCUAGAUGAGCCCUUAGCUCAAAUCAGGAAAUGCUCCAAGGAAAAUGGAGGCAACUUUUCCUGGUGUCAAGAUGAGAUUUGCCUAAAAAUCCCCCCUUGCAUCCUCACAGUGCGCACAUACCCGCUCAUUUCUAAACUUCAUUGUGAUGUACCCCAGGGUUUCUAUUGCACAAAAAUUGUGCUCCCCAGAGCCGUUUCUCAACUCAGCAAUUCACAAGGACACAAAUAUUGAUCAGAGUCUUGUAGAGAAAGUGGUAAAAAUUGACCUUUUUAUAGCCUGGAGUUGAUUUCUAGGAACUUAUUUUAUACUUUUUGAAGGUAAUUUAAUAAAGAGAUGAUUCUUUAUUAAAGCCAAAAAGUUGAAUUCUGUUAGAUGGCUAAUAAACUCUUUUGGUUUCUUUGUAUGGUGGUUUUGUCAUUUUCCCUCCAAGGGCCUCAUAUUCUGUGCUAUUUUCAAGCAGUCCCAGAACAAAGGGAUGAUUCUAGGGCCUUUUUCUCUGACUUUCUGCUGGCACGCCGUCUCCCCUAGUGGAUGACUGAGGACUGAGGAUGCAUGUUUCUAAGGGAGAAUUAGUUGCCCGACUUCUCUGAAGUACUUUUCCUGUCAGGGUAUUAGUGACUGUGCAGUGUUCAAACAGGAGGCCAACACGUGACAGGAAUUUUUAGAUUAGGCCAGCUUUCCUACUGCAAUUCUCCGAAGUCAUUGACUUGAGGUCAGGGGGUGUUCAAAAUACCCACCCCCUCAGGUCAAAGAUGACCUCUGGUGAGAACACCCUCUCAAAGACUGGACACUGAAUAAACAUUUUUCAGUGUGGGGAAGGUUUGCUUGGCAAAUCCUCUUUCCAAGUAUCUCAAGAACUUGUGAGAUGUGGAAGGACUGUUUUUGCCUUUCGUGGGAAAAUGUGUGCUCAGCUGCUUGGGCUCCAGUUUGUAUGGGAGGGUUUAUCUCAGGCCUUGUCUACUCCCCUGGCCAGACAUGGCUUUGGGAAGAGCUCUGUGGGAGACCAGAACAUCUGGGGACAUAUUUGUACCUAGUUAUUUUGUGUGAAGAAACGAGGGGACCAGAUUCAAAACUCGUCAUUAUGUUUUAAAUUGGAAAACAGAUUCCUCAGCCUUACAGUAAACAGUCAGCAAGUUUGAGAGGAAAUGUGUGUUCAAUGGGGAGUACUUUUUUUGUGUUAAACCUCUACAGAGAAACUUCUGUAUAUAUUUUAUUUUUGAGAUCACACACCUUUGUUGGAACCAAUCAGACUGUUGUGGCCUUGGGAUGAAGACAUUGUGUCUGAGGACAGGGAAAAAUGGUUGAGAAAUCCAGGGGUAAAGAACAGAUGAGCUUUUUACUCAUUCUAUAAAUGAACGUGCUGCCUGUUUAAAGGACUCGCUUUCUGCUGUUUCCAGAUACCUAGCAGUGCGAGAACUGUGUGGUGUGCUGCAUUCCUGUUACGGGAGGUGCGUGACGGGCAGUGUGGGUUUCUGGAAGUCACCUGUUCCUGCUUUCUGGCUGCCUGUGCCUGUGGUCAUCCCUGCUCCUUGGCGGUAGUGCAUGUUUUUCUUUUAUCUUCAGGGUUGCUCUGGUAGCUCCAUGGUAGAGAUUUCAUUCUCAGGGCCUCCCAAAAGUUGUGUAUCAUUUGAAAUUGUUCCAUUUGAGGAAAAACUUGAAGAAAAGCUGAAUUCCCUGAUCACCACUAAAGAUUGUCAUGAGAAACGUUAAGUAUCUGAGCCCUAAACUACUAAGCCCAGUGAGGAAUUGGAGCGUUAACUGUAUGGCAAUAGCUAGAUCAUAGUUACCAUUUUUCCCACCAUCAAAAAGAUUAAAUAGUUUCCAUAACAUGGAAUGUGGAUAAGGUUCCUACCCUAAUACAGACUUAAAUAUGCAGUUGUUUGUCUCAGGCUAUUUGUGGUGAAUAAGCAGAGUAUUUAUUUUAAAAUGACCAGGCAGCCUUGGAAAAAUCGCUGGGCUUUAAAGUUGUUGACAAAGUAGUUCUUAAAUAAAUACAUCUGAUUUAGAAAUACCUAAACAUGGACAAAAUACUUUUAAGUCUGACAUGCAACUGCAUGUGGCUUUUUAAAGUGAUUUCUUAACAAUGCUAACGUGACUUAAGGAUUUGUAGUUCUAUUAAAAACCACUUCUAAAAGUAUCUUAGAAAGGAUAGCUUGAAGGGUUUGCCUUAUUUUAGGUCUCAGCAGAGGUAUGCUUAUAGCAAGAGAAAAAUCUUAGGUCUAAGUAGAACACUAAACUUUCUUGGCUGUGACCAACUUUUCUGAAGUACACCAUCAGAAUUUUCACUAUCUCUGCAGAGAUGAAUGAAUGUACUGGGCAAUUCCUCUCCCCAAGGAAACCCAGCAGGGCCUGGGUCUGCUGUACCACUGAUCAACUGCUGGGGAGGCUAGGGUCCCUGUUAGUACAUGCUGUAAGGUUGGAAGUUCAGUUUAGCACUCAAGAAGGGAUUACCUGGUGUUCUACAAUGCCUGUAAAUAGUGUUUUCAAAAUGCCUGGGAAAAAAUUCUCAAAAGAGAUGGCAGAAUGGUCUUCUCAUGGUGUAAAACUCCUCAGGAUUUUUUUUUUUUUUUUUUUUUUUUUUUUUUUUUUUUAAGGAAAAAACUAUACCUUUUAAGUUCGGCUUCCUUAACUACUGGCAACAGAGAGAAACUCGUAAUUUGUUUUAAAAAGCCCAAUUACAGCUGCCCUACCUACCCAUGGACCAUUGACUUCCCAGCACACUCUUAAUAAUAUACAGAGAGGCACCAUUUUGCUCUGGGUCUUACGGAAUCCUAGAACUCUUUAAUCACACGUUUUGGUGGUCCUACGGAGAGCUGUGACUAGCAGUGGAGUUCUUGCUUAUUCCAGCUGUGUGCUUUUCACUUUCUGAUCUUUGGACCCAGAGAAUCAUUUGCCAUGGAAUCAUCUGGCUAGUAAGACACUCUUAUAUGGAUGCAAUACAAAAAGUGGUAAAUUAAAGCAAAGCAAUCAUGUGGUCCUUGCUCUAAAAGGGACAAUAUGUAAAUGUGCUACUAUAAUAAGGUAACUCUGUAGAUGUAAUAAGCUACUUAUAAAUUAUUUGGGUUUAAGAAAACUUGACUAUGUAAAACUGGGCAACAUCUCCAUCUUGAAUGAGAAUAAUUAGUAACUAGGAUGACCACACAGUCUCCUAACAUGGGCAACAGUCUAAUUGUUAUUGCAUUUCUGACCUGAUUCUUUUAAAGGGGCAUAUAUUCCCAAUGGAUACCAUUUAGAAUGUAUGUUUCUUGGAUGACUUAAUCUGAAGCCAUAUAUAUCCAAAGUAGUGAGACAGUAUAUCCUUGACUAAGUUAUCAGGCUGUGUUCCCUACUUACAAAAUGAUUUUUUAAAAAGCCUUACUUUAUAGUCCUAUUCCAAAAAUCUUUCUGUGAAAAAAUUGUGAGGCCUAUGACGCACCAUGAAUAUAAUCAUGUUAGAAUGUAACAAUUCUUGAAUAUAUUUCCUUUGAAAGAAUAUCAAACUGACGUCACUACACCAAAUCUAAACCCACUUGAAGACCAACAGCUAUUACAGUUGUGCUACAGAAUAGGUCAAAGUCACCAUUAGAAAUAUUACACUUUAUUGAAUUCUGGAGCAGCUAAUCUACCCUCCCCUAUUGACCAAUGACAAGAAUGGAAGCAAAUAUAUGAUGGUUAAAGUAAGAGUCUAUAACCACUGUUUAAAAUGUUGAAACAACUUCCACUGUACUGGUGAAACAGUUUUAAUACCCUAACAUACACAGUAAUAAUUCAUUCUUGUUUAAAACAAGAAGUGAUUUCAACUUGGGAUUGGGAUUUUUAUUUAUUUUUUUGAGAUGGAGUCUCGCUCUUAUUGCCCAGGCUGGAGUACAAUGGUGUGAUCUUGGCUCACCGCAACCUCUGCCUCCUGGGUUCAAGUGAUUCUCCUGCCUCAGCCACCUGAGUAGCUGGGAUUACAGGUAUGCGCCACCACGCCUGGCUACUUUUGUAUUUUUAGUAGAGAUGGGGUUUCUCCAUGUUGGUCAGGCUGGUCUCAAACUACCAACCUCAGGUGAUCCACCCGCCUUGGCCUCCCGAAGUGCUGGGAUUACAGGCGUGAGCCACCGCGCCUGGUCUCAACUUGGGAUUCUGAAGUGAAUUUAUUCACGCUGAUUGUGCCCUCUACUUUAGUAAGGUUCUGGCUUACAGAGCCUUCUUCCCAUCCUCUGAUGUUCAACUUUAAUAUACAGCAAUCAACUCUAGAGGAUAAAGAAAUCUGGAUUUGGGUAGCAU